UCAAGGAGAGUGGACUAAGAUGAGGACCAUCUCCCUGCUUCUGUUGGUUGCAGUAGCAGCUGUGGCAGAGUCUCGCAGUGGGAACUCUCAGAGCCGUGCUAAGCGGGAGCUGUUGGUGCGUUCGAAAAGAAGGUGGGUGUUAUCUACGCUUGAAGUAAUAGAAGAGGACCCCGGUCCAUACCCAAAAAAACUUUCGCAGAUGUUCAAUGACAAGUUCGAUCAUGUGACGAAAAACCAUAAGUUCCGUAUAAGUGGAAUGGGAGUGACUGAGAAGCCGCUGGGAGUGUUCUCCAUUGAUGAAAGUAAUGGAGUCGUCUCUGUCCAUAAACCUAUCGACAGAGAGGAAUAUGAACUCUUCCAUAUCAAGUUUGACAUCUUGGACAGAGAAACGGGUGAUAAAGUAGACAGGGAACUAGCUUUUGACAUACAAAUAAAGGACAUCAAUGACAACCCACCAACAUUUUUCCAACCUCAAAUCCAAACCGAUGUGAAGGAAAAUACGCCAGAGGGGUACUUGUCAGUGCAGCUGCAAGCCUUGGACAGAGAUCAGAAGAACACACCUGCGUCUAAAGUCACUCUCAGUGUGAUUUCACAGCAGCCACAAGAGCCCAAGUUUGAUGUGGAUCAGGUUGAUGACAGGAUGGCCCAGCUCAAAUUUGAAGGGUGUUUUGACUAUGAUAAAAUAAAGACGUAUCAAAUUGUUGUUCAAGCAACAGAUGAAGGAGAAAAACCCCUUUCCUCCACUGCUGUUGUUACUCUCAAUAUUGUUGACACAAACACUCAUCCACCAAUGUUCAAGGAGACUACGUACCAAGGUGAGGUGUUGGAGUCAACCAUCCAAAAUGAUGUUUUGAGAAUUGCGGUGGAGGACAAAGACACUCCUAACACUCCAGGCUGGCGGGCCAAAUACUUCUUCAUUAAAGGGAAUGAGGAAGGAAACUACAAACUUGAAACUGACCCAGAGACAAAUGAGGGUAUUCUGAGCGUCAUCAAGGGGAAGGAUUUUGAGCGGACAACUUUUACCGACCUGCAGAUUGGAGUAGAGAACGAGGAGCCCUUAUUUGUUUGUAAAGAUAAAUCAACUGGCAAAGCCACGCCUCCACCUCCAAAUUCAGUCAGUGUCACAAUCAAAGUUAUUGAUGUCAAUGACCCACCUGAGUUUGAGAAAAAAACAGCAGAUGUGUACCUGAAGGAAGAGGACAUGCCAGGAAAGGUGCUGUUCACUCCAAAGGUCCAUGAUGUUGACUCAACCAGCAUCAGGUAUGUGCUAUUACAAGAUCUGGCUGACUGGGUGGCCAUUGAUAAGGAAACAGGACAAAUCAAAUCAACUAAGAAAAUGGACAGAGAGUCAUCCUUUGUUGAUAAGGACAACAUUUAUAAAAUCCUCGUCGGUGCCAUAGAUGAUGGUGAGCCUCCAGCUACAGGUACAUCCACUGUCCUGGUCCACCUGAGCGAUAUCAAUGACAACGUGCCUAAGCUGGUCAACAAGAGCCUCAUUAUGUGUGGAAACACGGCUAACAAGGUCAUGUUGCUUGCCAAGGACCUAGACAUCCAUCCUUACAGUGGACCCUUCACCUUCUCCCUGGGGGAUGACGACCAAACUUUAGAGCAGAAAUGGAAACUACAACCUGCCUUUGGUGAGGAAGCUGGCCUUGUUAGCCUGAAGACACUCUAUUACGGCAACUACUCAGUGCCUCUGGUGAUUCAGGACCAACAGGGCAUGAGUGGACAUGAAACUGUGGAACUGAUGGUGUGUGACUGUGGAGAAGCACGUGUUUGCCUCGAUAGAGCGCCGCUCUCAUCAAGCCUUGGGCCGGCUGCUAUCGGACUGAUUUUUGCAGGAUUGCUCUUGUUUUUGUUACUGCUACUCCUCUUUAUGUGUGAGUGUGGAAGAAAGGGGUUAAAUCAACUCCCCAUGGUGCAGGAUGAGGGCAACCAGACCCUGAUCAACUACAACCAAGAAGGAGGGGGCGCUGCCAGCACAGCGUCGCCCACUCUGCUCUUGACGCCUACAAAUGGUGUGGCUGUGACGGAUGGCUUGAAACAGGCAACCAUGCAGUUCUCUCAAAUGGAUCCAGCGAUCGCCCAGGACAUGGAUACAUACAACAGCUCAGGGCUCACCAUGAUUAACUCUAAUAUGACCUCAAUGGGAAUGCAGCAUCAUAAAGACACUCUCAGAGGCCUUGGAGGGCAGGCCAUGUACUCUACAUGGACUACAAACAGGAUGAACACCUACCAGCAGGGCAGCUCGUCGAGGUACCAGCGCUCUUUCAGCCUGAGUUCGGAUCAACACAUUGCAGAUCACAUCAACAGGAGACUGUACAUGAUUGAUGGAAACCAUGUACACCACCCAGAGUACCAACCCUAUGUGUAUGCCUAUGAGGGACAGGGAAGCAUAUGCCAGUCCCUGGAUAAGCUGUCACUCAGCAACCUGGGAGAUGAUUUGCAGUUUCUGAAUGAUUUGGAGCCAAAGUUCAAGACCUUGGGAGGCAUCUGUCACCAGAAUAUUCAAGAAAAAAACAUGCAGCUUUGAGGGAGACAGCUAGAAUGUGAUUUUUAUAUCAAGUAGGUCGCUCUUUGUUCGUGUUUUGUGAUUGCGAUUAUGGAUUAAUCUGACUGGAUAUGUCGCACAAUUAAAUACCAUAAUGGAUGGCUUCUGUACUUGUACAAUAUGCACUAAAAUGUCUUACAUACAGCUUUAUGCAAAAGUUUUGGCACUCCUGGGCAAAUUACAUUACAUUGAUUCAAGUGAAAAGAAGAAAAUGCAACUCCUGCAGUUAAUACACAUUAAAAAAGAUUAGCCCUUCUUCAAAUGAUAACACACAUAACAGUGCAUGCACAUAACAGUGCAUUAUCAUUAUUAUUUCAUCAUUCAUUAUUUCAUGACCAUAUCAAAAAUUGACAGUAAUUGUGGCAUGUGCAAACAUUUGGAAAUCCUUCAACUUGUAAAACAAGCAGUGAACUCGUAAAGGCCUAAAUUGACUCUUUACAACUUGAAAGGCAGAUCAGGAAUUAUCCUAAAGGAUUGUUAGCUGAAGAAAUUUCCAGAGCUGAUGAAUUCUGACUCUUCAAACCUUGAGGUAAUACUCAACAACCAUAGCCGCCACCUAGCAACUGACUGAGGAUCUGAAAAUGAAAUGAACUGAUGCAUACAAAACUGGGAUGGCUAUAAAAGAUAUCAAAGCGAUUCCAGCUUAGAAUUUAGAACUGUCCAAAAUGUCAAUUUAGUGGAACCGUGGAGGUCGGAACAAGAUCUGGAAAACCAAGAAAUUUUUCAGAUGAAAGUGCACGUCUCCUGGGCAGAGAGGGAAAGCAAAAAUCCCCAUAUGGCUGCAAAGGAGCUGCUGGAAGUUUACCUGACACAGGGGUGGGGUUGCGCCUUUCUACGGUGCGCAAUGUUUGUACAAACAGUGGCAGCUAGUGCAACAGGAAACACUGCACGGCUGAAGAAAGAAAUGGAUCCCAUUAAAUAUUCUGGAUGCAGAUGUCAUGCAGUCAGUUGACACAGUGAAACUGAAAAGAAGCUGGUUAUACAGCAGGAUAAUUAUCCAAAGAAGAGAAGAGUGGCCGUCACAGUCCCCUGACUUGAAUAUCAUUUGAAAAAUCUGAGUUCAAUCUGAAUCAAGAACAGAGAGAUUCAAGCUGCAAGACUGCAAGCUGUGAUAUCUGCCAUUUGGAGAAAAGCUAAUGUUUUACUGUCUGUAUGCUACAAAAUACAGAAUUUGCCCAGGGGUGCCCAAAUCAGAAUCCAUCCAAGUGUAGCAGCUGUAUGUUGCUUACUUGAAGAUGGAAUUAAUGCACAGCACAAACUGUCAUGCUCUGGUGAUGGUGAAAUCUAGCAUAUUGGCAGUGACUGGGUGUGUUUGUUUAUUUUGUACUUUGCUGCAACAAGAGUGAUUGCUGCCAAGUCAGGUGGAGGUUUUGUAAGGAUAUAAUUAUUUUUGAUGGUUUAAACUGUAACUUAACAGAAGAAGAAAACAAGCAACUUCUCCAAGGGCGCCCUUUUGUAAAAGAUCCUUCACAAGUACCUGCAGAAAUUGGACAGUGCUAAUGUAAAUGUAUGCGGGCUGUUGUUUAUGAUCCUUGCUUUUUGUUGUUUUCUUAUGUGCAUUUUUGCAUCUGUUGUCUUAAAUAUGUAUUCUUUUUCGAAAACAAAUGUAGUAUUUAGAAAAAAAAAUGCAUUUGCCAUUACUAAAUGAUAUGUUGGUAGCAAUUUCUGGGGGAAUUAAAAAAAACAUUUUUUUACGUGGGUUGGGGGGAAAAAGAGAUGUUCAUUUGUUGAAGUUAUUAUAAUAA